AUGACGCCAAAGUCGACGUGGAUGGACACCACUAACCACCCGCACCGUUAUCUACUUGUGGCAUUUGCCAUCUUCCAGUGCUUUUUGGGCUCCGGUGUUAUCUUUGGCUGGACGUCCCUCGUGCCAAUGCUGGAAACAGAGCGGAUCUACAGCGAGUUGUGUGCGAGUGGCGAGACGAUUUGCAAAGAGCAGAGCGACCGUCUACAGUACGCGUUCACAAUGGCAGUGGCCAGCAGCAUGUGGUCGAAUCUGCCCCUUGGUCUCGUGUUGGAUAAGUUCGGACCUCGAGCGACCAAGUCGAUGUCGUUUUUGCUGUUGAUUGUCGGUGUUUUGAUAAUGGGCAACGCACGCGUCCGGGUACACGCUGAUGAGCAUGAUCUGCUUUUGUAUGGAAUGAUGCUGGUGGGGUUCUCGGGUCCUGGUAUCCAGCUCUCUGCGAUCCACGUGUCCAAUCUGUUUCCCGAAGCAACGGCAAUCGUUGCGUGUUUCAUCGUUGGAGGUCUUCAGUUUAGCUUCUUCAUCUUCACGCUGUUGGAUCUCGCGUACACGCACCUUGGCAAGUCGAUGACCACGGUUUUUGAGAUCUACGCAUGUGUGUUGUUCCUCGCACUUGUCGGCACUCUGAUGACAGAGCCCGAUGUACCGUUCGAGGCUACCGCCAAUGCCGAACACAAGCUGUUCUCCCCCAUGCGUCUACCGCAUGCCUUCAAGGAAGACGAGGCAUCGCUGCUGCUGUCCACGCCCGAGUUGGAAGAGUAUCGCAAGCACCAUCACUUGCCGACUCACGAGAUCUUUUGUGACGGGAACCUGCGUAAUCGCUCGUUCCGGACGCAGGUGCUAUCCAGGCCGUUCCUGCUCAUUGUGUUCUACUUUUCCGUUCAUUGUUUAUGGUGUAACGUCUUCCUCGGCGGCAUCACAGGGUUGUUGCGAUGGAAGGGGUUUGCUGAGGCCAAGAUCGAGAGUCUGCUGGCCAAAUUGGCCUUCGUGUUGCCCGGCAGCGUCGUCUUCAUCCCAAUAGUUGGGUACAUCCUCGACAAGUGCGGGUACACGUACUCGUCAUUGAUCUGCACGGCAGCAGCGCUGUCCUUCACAUUGAUGCUGAGCAGCCUGUCAACCGGGUGGAUCCUAGCGGGGUUUGUGACCUACGCGUUCUUCCGAACCACCCUGUUCCCGCUUCUGUUUGCGUACUUGGGGCAUCGCUUCGGUUUCCAGCACUACGGGGCACUGUCGGGCAUUACGUUUUGCAUUGGUGGCAUCGUGGGACUCUUGCAGACGCCGAUUGCAGCGAUCGGAGACUUCCACACUAUCGGGUAUCUCCAGAUUGGCUCGCUCGUGCUCACGCUCGUGGCGCCGUACGUUGAGCGGCAGUUCGAGCAGCAGACCAUCUAG